AUGGAGGAUGUAAAAAUUGAUUAUAUAAGGAAGCAUUGGCCGUUGAAGGGAGCACCAGAUAGGAAUUACGUCGACAAGAUAGUGGAAUGCAAUUUUCGUGAGCUACUCAAGUAUAGAGUACUUAGUGGGGACUCUAUACUAGAAAAACAUUUAACAUCUAAGUCGAAAUCAACAUAUAUUAGUCCUAGGGUUCAAAAUGACCUGAUUAACUGUUGUAAACAAAUUAUCACACUACAAAUUUUAAAAGAGGUUAAAGAUUCCAAAUUUUAUAGUGUGGUAUUUGAUGAAACGACUGAUAUAAGUCAUGUAUCUCAGAUGUCUCUUAUAUUGCGAUAUAUUAUUAAUGGCGUAGUGCAAGAAAAUUUUAUUUCAUUUAUUAACUGCCAUGCAUAUACAUAUAGUAUUCAAGAAGACACUGACAAUAACAUAUAUGAACCUAAACUUACUGGUGACAUUUUGGGUAAUACAGUAAUUAAAAUAUUAAAAGAAUUUUCUUUAAACCCGGACUACUGCGUUGGGGUUGGUACAGAUGGUUGUUCAGUAAUGGUGUCAUCAAUCCGAGGAGCUGUUAAAACUAUUCAAUCAAUCGCGAAGAAUGCUGUUCACUGUCCUUGUGCUAACCAUGCCUUAAAUUUAGCUAUUUCUAAAUCAUCGACCGUACAAUGUAUUAGAAAUAAUGUUGGUCUAUUAAAAGAAAUAAUCUCGUUUUUUAAUAUGUCUUCCAAAAGAAACUUUGUACUAAAAACCGUUUUAAAUGGCAAGCCUCAUUUAAAAAGUCUUUGUGAAACCCGAUGGGUGGAACGCCAUGACAGCAUAAUGAUUUUUAAGGCAUCAAUACCUCAAAUUAUAGAAGCCUUAACCAAUAUUUCCGAGUGGAGUGAACAAGAUUCUUCAUCGAAAGCAAAAAUAUUAUUAACAGCUAUGUGUACUUGUGAGUUUAUUAUUUCAAUUGAAAUAUUAUCUAACUUGCUUAGUGUCACAGCUCCAAUUAGUAAAAUACUUCAAGGAACAGAUAAUGAUGUUUUAGCUGCCUUUGAUUGUAUUCAAGAUGUUAUAAGUAUUUUGGAAAAUAAACGUACCCAGUGUGAAAAAGUUUUUCAACAAUUAUUCGAAGACAGCAGUUUAUUGAUGAAAGAUCUUGACAUUGAAAUAAAAACUCCAAGACUUUCUAAACACCAAAUUAAUCGCUCUAAUCACCAAUCUAAGAGUACCGAAGAAUAG